GCUGUGGGCGGCAGCGCUCGCCGCGGGGGGGGCGGAUACGUGAGGAGGAGGCGGGGGCCGCGGCCGAGGGAGGAGGAGCCGCCGUGAUCACGGCCCCGGGUCCAGCAGCUGGGUUCCCUCCUCACAUGGGGCCCCCUCGCUUGCCGCAGCGGCAGUGCAGACCCUCGCCGGGUUGCUGAGGGUUGGCGGCGGGAGGGUAUGCGGCCAUGAGAGCCCGCGCCGCCCGCAGGCCCGGCUGGCGCUGCCGCUCAGGAUCCAACAAGAGUAGAGAAGACAGCAAAUCACCUAAGAUGUGAGAAGUCCUCCCUUAGCAAAAUAAAAUCUUGUUUUCAAAAUGGACCGAAGUAAGCGGAAUUCAAUAGCAGGAUUUCCACCGCGCUUGGAGCGUGCUGAAGACUUUGAUGGUGGUGCUGGAGGAGAAGGGACUGCAUCCCAGAUAGGAAGAGUUUGUACCUCUUCAUAUAGAGCCCUAAUAAGUGCCUUUUCCAGACUUACCCGUCUUGAUGACUUCACAUGUGAGAAAAUUGGCUCUGGGUUCUUCUCUGAGGUGUUCAAGGUAAGGCACAGAACUUCAGACCAGGUAAUGGCUUUGAAGAUGAACACACUGAACAGCAACAGAGCAAACAUGCUGAAAGAGGUUCAACUUAUGAAUAGACUCUCACAUCCAAACAUCUUAAGGUUUAUGGGUGUCUGUGUGCAUCAAGGACAGCUGCACGCACUUACUGAGUACAUCAACUGUGGUAACCUGGAACAGCUACUAGAUGGUAACCAGCAUCUGCCCUGGAUAGUAAGGGUGAAACUGGCAUAUGACAUUGCUAUGGGAAUCAGCUAUCUUCACUAUAAAGGCAUUUUCCACCGCGACCUUACAUCCAAGAACUGCUUAAUAAAACAUGACGAGAAUGGAUACUCAGCAAUAGUGGGAGACUUUGGUUUAGCAGAGAAAAUUCCUGAUCACAGUGAGAAGUUACCAGUAGUGGGUUCACCCUUCUGGAUGGCACCAGAAGUUCUCAGAGAUGAACCUUACAAUGAAAAGGCGGAUGUGUUCUCCUAUGGUAUAAUUCUGUGUGAGAUUAUAGCAAGAAUACAGGCAGAUCCAGACUAUCUCCCUCGCACAGAGAAUUUUGGAUUAGAUUAUGAUGCCUUCCAGCACAUGGUGGGAGACUGUCCCCCUGGCUUCCUCCAGCUGGCCUUCAACUGCUGUAAUAUGGAUCCAAAGUUGCGUCCUUCAUUUGCUGAUAUUGUCAAAACACUGGAGGAGAUUUUAAACCGCCUGAGAAGUGAAGACUCAGAGAGGGAAAGGAAGUUUUUGAACCUUGACAACAGUGAAAGAAAACCCAAAGGAUCAAUUGAAAAAGGACCAGGAGUGAAACGUCUGAGUUCCCUGGAUGAUAAGAUCCCACCCAAGUCACCUCGGCCGCGUCGGAAUAUCUGGUUGUCCCGCAGCCAGUCAGAUAUCUUCUCCCGCAAGCCUUCCAGGAAGAUAAAUGUGCAGGACCCUUAUUACACACCAAACAAAGGCUUAGGCCGGAAAGUUAAUCCCUUCAGUGCCCGGGAGGACCUCAAGGGUGGGAAGGUCAAAUUCUUUGACAUGCCAAGCAAGUCUGUGAUCUCCCUCGUGUUUGACUUGCAUUCUCCAGAGGCAGGUGGAGGCCUAAAAGCCAGCCAGCCCCAGUUCCGGCAGGCGUAUAGCACAGACUGGCAAGAAUUUUCCCUCCUACCUGGGAGGAGAUGCAGAUCACUUCCACUCUCUCCUGAACUGCCACACAAGGAAUAUGGCCUGUUUGGGGGACUGUCUUCAACUGUCAGCAGGUGUGACCCAACCCAGCUAGGCGCAGAGGUUCGGCAAAAACUCCUGAGUAGCAGUAAAUAUGGUGUGUCAGAGAUUCCCCCCUUUCAAGCCAAGCCUCACAGGCCAGGAUUUUUUCCUGCACCAGGACAAGAAGAGGAUAUGGACUGUUCAGAUGGGCCAGUGGCCCAGGAGGAAAAUGGGUUUUGCCCUGUUGAAAACACAUGUGGAAAUCCAACAUGUAACCAUCCAUUAGUGCUGGCCAGGCCUGAGCCACUGUCUUACAAAAAGCUCCCAGCUGAGAAUUCAGUGAACUCUGAGGGACAUGGCUCUUCAGAAGUGUUUGUGGGUUGUCUCCCUUCUGAAGAGAUGGAAGUGGAAGAUGGCCUACUGAAAAAUACUCUACUAGAGUCUACAAAGCCUCUGUUCAGUAUUAGUCCUUCCACUGAGCUCAAGAGAGAGGCAUGGCCCUUCAGGGAGCAGGAUGGGGACAGUCCUACCCCAUUGUCUCAGACCUCCUCCAACAUCUCAGCAAGUGGCAGCACACACUCAACUUCUGACAUAUGAAGAGAGGGCUCAAACUGAAUGUGUCCUUGAGGGAACAGUUGUUCCCCAUGACUUAAACUCUGUUUUUCUAUAGUGCUGAGCUUCACAUUUGAAAGAGACUCAGCACAUAGUUAGAAACUGGCUGUCAAAAAGAUAGCUGCAGACAGUGUCUGAAGAGACUGAUUAUUUUAACUUUAUUUCAAACUGUGCUUAUUCCCUUCCCUGAUUUGCAUUAGGAGGGGGAACUACUCCAGCCAGAGUGGCCAUGUGGGCCUCUCAGUCCUUCCAAGAGGCAGCAGCCAGAGCAGGCACCAUAUAAACAGUUUGACCUGGAUUCUAACAUGGAGCAUUUCAAGGCCUUAAGCUCCAUGUUGGGUAGAAAGAGUGACCCGUAGGUUUUCCCUCUUCCUCUGACUGAUCAGCUGCUCUCAACCACUGCAGAUUUUACAUUAACAUUCUGCAGCAGUGUACGUGAGUCAGAGCUUCUGUUUUAGCAAGGGACAGAGAUUUUUCAGAGCUAUGUUGAGAAUACAGGAAUGCUCUUUGGUUCCAAAGCUGCUAUGAGUGCUGUUGCAGCAUUAAAUAAGCUCUUUUAUCAAAAGCAGCAAAAAACAAAGCCCCUCAUGCUGGUGGCACUCUGCAGGCUGAAUCACAUGAUGAGUAUUUUGUGCUUAACAAGGAGAAUCUGUUCCCUUGUGUUUCAUUUUGGCUUGGGAUUUGGUAAUUAUGUGUAAUACAUUAAGUCAGGAAAGCUGGAUGUGGUAAGCACUGCUCUCCUCCUUGCACAGCUCUGCAUGUUCCUCAACCCAGAUGUAGAGGAAGAUUUGCCCAGGGCACAGAAGGGGAAGCCAUAUUCCAGGCAUUGUCAUUUCUGGGCUUCUAUAGAAAUUGCCAUUGAAAUUACCAAUUGUACUGUGCUUUUGGGGAGUGUGGGCUGUUAUCUCUGAAGGGCUGAAUGAACAUCAUGACCUGUUUCUGCAGAAUACUUAGUUAUAUACAGUAUCUAGAUCACAGCUGACUAGUACCACUAAGCUAGAAGGGUCACAUUCACCUCCCUCUCUGGUACGACAUCUUAUCUCAUUGAUAUCACUUCAGUAACCAUGGCUGCUUAUUUAAAACCAGGCUGUCUGACAGAGGACAGGAGUGCCCAGGGGAAGUUGCAGCAGUGUUGCAGCCACUCAAGGUUUCUUGGAGGAGGACAGACAGUAGACUAACAGAAAGACUUUAAAUUGUCAAACUGAAGAAAAUUAGCUUGUCCCAAAUUAACACUUUUUUCUUUUACAGAAAGAAGCUAUUGUCUUCAUUGGCUUCUUUAGACAGUGAAUAGCAGAAUUUCGCCCAGGUAGCCUGUUACACUCUCUUGCUGCUCUCUUUUAAGGAUGGAAAAUGUAAGCUAGUCCUUGACAGAAGCAAGACUAUUCCUACUCUUUUCCUAUCUCAAAGCAUAAAGGAGAAAGCCUUAGUUCUUUCUUGGCUGAGAUGCUUCUUUCCAGAGGUGUAUGUCACUAUUCUGAGUUAUAAUUAUUACUUCAUCUUGUGAAAUACGUGCUAACCUCAGCAGCAGUUAUCCUUUUGCAAUGGUUGAGAUGAAUUAACUGAGAAACCAGUGUUGCUGAGGUACUUAGCACAGCCCGUGACAGAUUAGGCAGCUGUUAGCAAUUUGAAAGAGAAAAUGCCUGUCCUGCCCAAGAUCAGCCCUUGUGGCCCACACCUCUCUGCCACUCAGAGAUGCUGGUCUGUAGAGCAGUCUGUCUUGAGUAUCUUGUUUGCAGGGCUGGGGGCUGCAGGGUGCAGAGGAGCUCGUAUGGCCAGUGCUGUGUGUGUGAUUUCCUCUGGGGACAGGCAAACAGCUGAACUCAGUGGCCAGGUAGUUGCCUGCCUGGUGUCUGCUUUUUUUUUUUGCUUUUUUUUUUUUUUUUUUUCCAUUUUUAAUUUUUUUUUAAUCUUUUAUACAAUUGUAAUAUUUUGGGAGGAAGACCAGCAGCACCAGCAUCUGUUGUCACAAGAUGCAUUUAGGUGUGUGACUUCAGACAAAAAGCAAUAAUCAGGAGUUUACUUCUGGAUCACCAGGCUGUGAGGAAGCUGCCCAGCAUCCAGCAACUGCCUGCAGCUUCACCAGAGAGCACAUGCACACCACUGGCUUCUCUCAUGAGCCCUGCUUGUCAUGAACAAGCCUGCUGCUCUCUCUGACACUGAUUGCAAAGCCUGUGCAGUCAGGCUUGGGGUACCUGUGUGGCACCCAUCACAGUGACCUCAUCUGUUUUCUUACAGCACUGUCUCUUAAUGCUUCCCUACCCUCAAUAGCUCUCUUAGAAAGCAGCAUGGCUACAAUUUUGUUUUAAGUAUACACUCUGAGCACAACCAUCUGACAUGCACAGGGCCCAUCUAUCAACUUUGCUAGCUCUGUACUGAGGUGGAGACAUCAGAAUGAGAAAUGCUAAGGGACAGUGGCUCAGGCCUUUCCUGGAUUCAUGAUCAGCCUGGGAAAAGGGGUGUGUGUAUGAAACUGGAGUAAAGGCCAUUUUAAACCAGCUAACGUGCUUGCUUAAAACCCAGUGUUUCCAAGGGUCUGGAUGCAGUUGGGACUCACUACACAUCCGGUUGUGUGAAGCUGAAUCUAGGUUGCACCUGGUAUAUACUCCUGUUUUCUGCCCACCUGAGGGUGCUUUUCUACUGGGGGCCAUUUUCUGACAGCUACUGAUGAACAUGAAUGCAAAUGUGUGGUCAGCAAACUUCUUGUUUUAUAGUGAUGUGACAAAAAUUUUAUUGUGAUUGGAUUUUAUCAUGAUUUUUGACUUUCUUAUAGGAGCAGUUCUUGCUCUUUUAAAACACUUUCUACACACUGCUAGGUUCCCUUGAAGAGAUCAGAGAUGUUUUUAAUUCACUUUAAAUCCUUCUAUGUUGAAUUCAUUUAAAUGUCUGUUAUAAGCUAUUUUUGUUGUGGUUGCAGGUUGAUAAAAUGCAAGAGAAUGCAUGUGAAUUGCUGCCCCUCAGAAGCAGUGCAUAAAGGGGCUAUAGUAGACUUAUACGUGUUGGGAGAAGCAUUGAUGUACUAUGUGUAACAGAACAUUGGUAUUUUUUGCCAGUACAACUAAAGACACUUGAAUAAUUCCUGUUUGCACUUAAUGCUAUUGUUUAUAUUGCAUGUCACUACAUUUCUAUGCAAAACAAAUAACCUUUUUUUGGGGAGGAGGGGCAGCCCGAUAUUUGAUUAAGUAUAAAGAUCUUUGCAAGAUGAUCUAUUUUCAUAUUUAUGAAGGAGUUUUACGUCUUAAUAUUUUGCAGUCUGUAAAUAGCUCAACGUGUAAUUAAAGGCUUAGGAAGAAGUUUGUAGCCUGUGUAUAAUAGUAAGUUAACACUGCCAGAAAAAAAAAAUCUUUGCAAAACAACUUUUCUAAUAUUGUGGGUAUUUAUGAAUAUGUAAAGAAAGCACGUCUUGUUUUUAUGUUGAUUGACCUUCUGACUUUUUUUGAACUAUAGAAAUGGUGUAUGUUUUAUUGGAACUGCAAUAAGAAGUAACCAAAGAUGAAUCCAGUUAAAUAUUUUCAUAAUUUUUUCUUGGUCAGGUUUUGUAAACUUUCCCAACUUGCUUUCAAAAUAAAAAUAAAAUCAA